GGGGCGGUGAGUACCUAGUGCCAACUGAACACGUGAUCUAAUCGGGCCCAAACCAAGUUCGGAAUGCGGCCUGGCCUGCCUCAACUGCACACCCCACCCAAUCUUUCAACAUCAACGAACCCCAACAACACUAACCCCCGUUUGCUCGUCUGCACUGUCGCUAUCCAAGCACUGUACCUCCACCCUCAAACCAACCGACUACUCAACCAAGCACCCACCCGUCCACCUUUCCACCCACCUCCCAUCUACAGUGUACCACGAGCCCCCCCCUUCUCCCCAGACCCAGAAACACCGCUCCAAGAUCCAGUCAACCAGCCACGCAAUCAUCGCGCCACCUUUCAAAACACGCCACUCCCCACCAACCCCAGACAAGAAGAGAGAAACGCAAACAGAGAUACAACACACAGCAGCAACGUCCCACAGUGCCACCCAGCGCCGUCCGCGCUUUACCAGGGCCAAUGUCUACCACUGGGCGUAACAAAUGGACUGGAUCGGGUUCUAGCGAGGACGGUGAGGACAAAGGGCGUGGUCGCAUUUGUCGGGCAUAUACAGAGAGAGAGAGACAGGGUCAAUUCUACGCUGGGAAGGUCAUCUCGGCGGGCACUCUGGUGGGUGCUCGUGAGAGCGUGGAUAUGCGUAGUGGAUACUACGGAUUGGGGGGGCGGGCAGGCGCAGAGUGAACGGAGCGGAGACGACGGUGGAGAGAUCACCUACCUACUCUUUGAUCUACACUCUGUGGGACGUCGAGGGAACCUCCGAUCGAACGGUGGCCAGUGGCGCUGGAGCAUCACUAAGUAACAUACCGUAGCUGUAGUUAGUACGCAACCGUGGUUUGUACGUACGUAGUCUACGCCUUGGAGGGGGGUUGGGUGUCGUAUACCUAUCGAUAGACCCUGUUGCCAUCUGCUCUGGGAAGCGGGCGUCAUAUUUUCUGACCCUUGUUGAAAUGCCCGACAAAG